AUGGAAGAAACCGAUAAUAGUAACUCUAAUAGCGACGAGAAGACAUCAAGGAAGCCCUCUACAGGUGUGGUUGUCCAAGACUUCCUUUCGUCUGCAACAAUCCAUGGGUUACACAAAGCAGCCGCCAACGAAAGUCUUAUUCGAAGAUGCGUGUGGAUUAUUCUGCUUAUGGGGAUGAUUACAAGUCUAUCAAUAUUUACUUAUCUCGAACUGAGUAUGUACUUCCGGUAUGAGACGCGUACGAGCACUCAUGUUUCUAAGAGAAAACAUGUCGAGUUUCCUGCUGUCACCAUAUGCAAUAUAAACCAAGUGAAAAGCAGUGUUGUUGAUUGUGCAGACUUGGAAUUCCUGAUGUUUCACGAAAGCGAGUUAAGUCACUACGCCCAACUACCGAUCCACCGUCCGAACAAUGGCACGUCUAUUUCCGGUGACGACAUCGACAAAUGUAUGCGCGCCCAUUCACAUAAUUUGGAAAUAUUCCGGUCAUGUUUCUGGGAGGGACGUCAAGUGAAUUGCAGCCAUAUUUUCGACGCCAGCAUAACUCCCAUGGGAAUGUGCUUCACAUUUAAUGGUGUAUUGCCCCAACAGAAGUCCCGGAUGUAUGGUUCUGUAGGGGGUCUACGGGUGGUCAUUGACAUUGAACAGCACCUUUACUUCUUCCCAGAAACACUGCAAUCAGGUAUUAAGAAAAUAUUACUUCCCCCUCCUCACGGUAAUUGUGUGGAUCAAGUGAGUGACGCCAACCGUCUCACGAGGUUCCACACGUAUUCCAGUGUGGCAUGCUGGACAGAGUGUUUCCUGAACGCAGUCCUGUCUCGUUGUUCGUGCCGACAUUACUACAUCAGUGGUUCCGAGAGACUGUGUAACCAUGACGAGCUGGUCGACUGUUACGUGGCAAUCACAGAUUUACAUGUCGACAACCUCACUGAGCUGGUGACCGCAAGAAAUGGAUGUCAGACGUGUCCCCAGGUUUGCACCACUUACACAUACGAUUGGUCAUUAUCCUACGCUGCUUUUGGCUCUCAAUUCGUCAACGAAAGACUUGUUAAUGCCAGCUUUUUCCCUAACAAAUCCUAUAUAAGCUCCAACUUCAUAGACCUGACGUUGUUUUAUAACUCGCUGUCUGAGACAGUCGUGGAAGAGGUGCCUGCCAAGAUGCUCAACGACAUUGUCGGAAAUGUUGGCGGGCAGAUGGGAAUGUUUCUGGGAGCUAGCAUUCUGUCUAUUGUAGAACUGAUAGAAUUUUUGUGCUUGCUUAUUGCAAAGCAAAGGAGCGUAUCACCGACAUCUACUAACCAGAAAUACAAGGAAGACAAUACAAAGGGUACCACACCUGCGUUAAGCACUAUCACCCAGGAAAAUGCUUUACAUAUUCAGGAUGCAUAA